AUGGCUGAUAAGCAGUUCGCCGAAGCGACUGAAUAUCCCACAUCUCCAGCCAUCCCAGACCCUAAUGCCCGAAAGCUGGCUGAGACCGUCGCCUUCGUGGAGCGAGCCUUCAGUUCAUGGCAGGCGUUUGGAGAUGAUAGGUCGCUUAUAGAAUGCAACUGCGCGCCUUUACGUGGCCGCUCCGACUACCGCAUCUGGAGUCGCAGAAUCAAAGUCGUGCUAAGGCGCAACUUCGUUCUCGACAUUGUGGAGGGCAAAGUCGGACAGCUUCCUCACUCGCAUCCUCUGGAUAGUGAUCUCGAGAAGCUGAACGCCACCGCUGCCCUGAUCAUCACUAGAAACUUGUCUCCAAUUACCAAGCCCAUUGUGCGCACUCUUACAGACCCCCGGGAGAUGUGGGAGAAGCUUGAGAGACACUGCAAGCCAUCUGACUGGACCUUGGCGCAAACGGGCUGGCUUAAUCUGCAGAGGGUUAAGUACAGUCGAUGCUCCAACGUGAGAGAGUAUGUGGAUCGAGUAGACGACGCAUGGCGGUCUAUCUGUCUUGAUAAAGAUGAUGCUCUCGAGAAGCAUGAGCUGGCACGCUGUGCUAGUCUUGUCUUUUCCUUGGAUACGCCUAAGUGGGAGAGUUGGAAGAUGAGCGUGCUUUCGGGCCGUCAAACCAACAUACCCAGCUGGGCGAGUCUGGUGGAUAAGUUGUUGGCAGCAGAGUGA